CCAAAGAGAGGUUCAAGCAAGGAAUGGACCUGCCAAGCUGGCAUAAGUUUGUCAUUCUUUUUACCGCCAGUUUCAUGUGCUUGGCCACCACAUUCUCGAGCACAUGUCUAUACCCAGCAACCCCAGAGAUAGCGGCCGAGUUUGGGACCACAUCCGAACACAUCAAUGUCACCAAUGCUGGAGUGCUACUAGCCAUGGGGUCGUCUAGUUUUAUCUGGGCACCCAUCGCUAGAACGUUAGGGAGAAGGACGGCCUACAAUGGUGCUAUCGCCAUCUUGUUUUUAUGCUCGAUUGGCACGGCGCUGUCGAUCAAUAUGGCCAUGUUCACGGCUAUGAGAGUUCUUGCUGGUUUCGAAGGCACGUUUAACAUGGUUGCGGGUCAAACCAUAAUAGCAGAUAUCUUUGACCAACGGAGAAGAGGCACUGCUGUGGGCUUCUUUAUGGUUGGUUCUGUCCUGGGACCUGCAUUAGGUCCUCUAGUGGGCGGCAUCAUCGUCACCUUUGCUUCUUGGAGAGUCAUCUUCUGGGUACAGACUGUUAUGGUGGGAUUGGGUCUUAUGCUCUCCUUCUUCUUCGUUCCCUCCAUCGCCCAACCACAUCAGAACACCGAAAGACCCAGUCUCAAGCUUUGGGGCAAGUCUCAAAUCGAGAUGCUCAAAGUGUUUACGUUGCUCGUAUAUCCUGAUGUCUUCUUCGCGGACCUUGCUUGCGGUUUACUCGCCUGGACCCAAUACUCUCUGUUGGCUGCACCUCGGCAUUUGAUCAACCCUCGCUUUAAUCUUACAUCGCCACUUGUAUCUGGCCUCUUCUACAUCUCGCCAGGAGCAGGUUUCCUGCUAGGUGCCAUUGCAGGAGGUCGUUUCUCAGAUAUGACGAUGGCCAAAAAGAUCAUCGAACGCGGUGGGAAACGUGUUCCUCAAGAUAGACUCAACAGUGGUCUUGUUGCUUUCUUCCUCAUCAUACCUGCGUCGCAAUUGAUCUAUGGAUGGUGUCUGCAGUACGAUGUCGGUGGCUUGGCACUCGCCAUCGCUUUGGUCUCAUGGCUGCCUUUAGUUCUCUCAAUACUUAUUGCGCUGCGCACUGCAGUCAUUGCAUCCAAAUACUUUAUCCAGUACAUCUUUGGCGCAUCGGGAAAUGCGGCCAUCGUGCCUUUGAUUGAUUCCAUUGGAAUUGGGUUAGCUGCGACAAUAGGCGUCAUCUUGUGCAUUUGUGGUGGUGUUUUGGUUUGGAUGCUUGCAAAGCAUGGUGGUUCGAUGCAGGCGUACAUCGAUGCGAAACUGGGGCAUGUAGAGGAGACUGAUGACGAAAAG